UAGAGACCUCUUCAUUCGUGCGAUUGACACCGAUUUUGUUUCCGCGGGUGAACGGCUUGUUACGAGCUGGAAUCGAUUGCGACCCUCACCUGCCUCUGAUAUUCGCCGGUUUGGUCUCUCGCCGGUGAACCGCUUGUUACGAGUUUGUGACAUCAAUUCCUGAGGUUGAAUACAGUCGCUCUUCACCAGUCACCACUGCAUCUAAGAAGAUCGAUUCCAAGAACAUGGAUCACAUAUCUAGCCCAGUUUUGCGUCACACUGUAACUCGCGGAGAAUGCUCGUCCAGCCAAGGAUCAACAGAUGCCCUGGCCAAAUUGCGGUCGUACAUCCCUUUGGAGAAGAUGCCUAAAGUUCUUCAGAAGCCAUUCGAAGAAAUACCACAAAUGCUACAUCCACAUCUGCUAGAUAUCAUUUUACAUAGGCCCGAAAAUGGUGAAAUCUUUUCUUUCGAGGCUAAAAAAGGAACUUUUACAGUUUGGGCUAACUUCGUAAGGCCAAAGAAAGAGGACUGCAAAAAUUGGGGAAAAUCAAAGUUUCCAGUACAAAACCAACGAAAACAUCAGAAUUGUUGGUCGAUUGCGGAAAGUGAGCAUAUAAGCGAGGCCCGUGAGAUCCACCAUAUUGACGAGGAGCUCACAUCAUACUCUGCCCAGUUUUUGGUUGAUUUUGCUGAUCCUGCUCGGGCAAAGAGAAGGUUCGUGGAUACCAAACAAGAGCACUACUGCUAUCCGUAUCCAGGCAUCUACGGUAUGGAAUAUGCCAUGGCCUAUGGUAUGCCAAAAACUGAUGAUUGGGGGCAUACUGGAUGCCAUACUGGGCUGCUUCCUUCUAAGAGUGAUGUCAAAUUGCAUCACGUCUUAAAUGAAGCCAGAGCGUUCAAGGAUGUACACAAGGCUGUCCACUAUUUGCAGUCACAACCAAUCCUUGGUCAAAUUGCUGUUUUCAACCCUGAGUUUGCAAAUAUUGGAGAUAAAGUUUACCGCGGACCUACUUCUGUACAUUCUUUCUUUUCUGCAUGGCAUCAAGUUUCAAUACGGUUUAUAACCGUCGAGAAUGGAGAGCUGAUUGCACACUGCAGGAAUAGCCAUGGUGAAGAAAAGGGAUUAUUUGGAUAUUUCAAGGCCUCUUUGGAUGUUAUGCUACUUGAGCUGCGUACAACUGGAGUGUCAUCAUUUACAACUCCAAGUAGACUCUUCAAAGUAUUUUUCUGUGGAGAAGUCCAGAGCAAAUACGAGAGGGAAGUUGAUGAACAUUAUAUUGAGGGUCAAGUUGGUAGCUUGGACUAUAUGUCAUUUUUGAUUUUUGAAGGCAUUUGUCACAAUACGUCUAGCAAUGUGAUUCAGCUUGAGGAUGGUGGGAUUGAGAUCAUUGGGAGUCCAACAAACCGAGCUUUACUUAAAUGGGCCUUGCAGAGUGACAUGAGCUUCACUUCUAUCAAGUCCGAGUCCAUGUUUAUUAAACGUUCUGGAAUGGAUUCGUCAAUCGAAUGUCUAGGCACAGCAGUUGAAUGUAAAAACACUAGUAGGCUUGGCGUUCGGAUUCACUGGAAAGGCGACGCUUACAAAAUUCUAGAGAAGUGUACACAAGCUUAUGACAAUGGUUUGAUACCGAUGAGUAAAACCAAGAGGGAAGCAUUCAAAGCUGUUAUCGAUAAUAUGGUUGCAAAAGAACUAAUAUGCGUUGCUCUUGCAUUCACACCAAUUGCAAACGAAGAUGUUCCAUCUCAGAAGGAAAUAAAGAAUUGGAUAUUACCGAAAGAAGGACUUGUUAUGUGCUUGGUAUCUUUGGUAUUACGAAUCCAUGUCGCCCAGUUGACGAUGAUGAGAUGCAGGCUCUAGCAACUUUUGCGGAAGAGAACAAGAUAGAGGCCAGAGGAACGGAAGAGGAGUCCGAAGAGCUACCUGACGAUAGCGUCCCAAAUGAUGAUCAAACGUGGUCCCCAUACGUUACAGAUUCCAGCGCUUUUCUUGCUGGUGAGGAGACAAAACCUGAACAUUGGCUCUAUUAUUACGACUCCGACCUCUGCGCUAGACUUGGACUGUACUGUUACAAUCUUCAGAAG